AUGAUGUUUAUCCCCCUUUUUUCUUAGCAACCAAACAGUCAAGUCAAGCUAUUUUGUAAGCUGUAGUUAGUCAUUCUCUCUUUUUACUGCCUAACUUUCCCAGCAAACAUACUAGCUGGCUACAAAGCAAGAAGAAUUUUUUGGGAAGAUGAGCCGAGUAGUAGAUGAAGAUGUGUUUGAUGCAGUGAACCACUUGUUUAGCUUCCCUGAAAGCUUUGAGAAGUUGAUGUUUCAUCCGCGGUCGAGUGAUCAUACAACCAAUGAAAUCAGGAGCAGUAGUAAUCCCGUCGACAUUUUGGAUGCUCCCAAAGAUUAUGUCUUCUACAUGGAUGUCCCUGGCUUGUCCAAGUCUGAUAUCCAGGUUACUGUUGAAGAUGAGAAUACUCUGGUGAUCAAAAGCGGAGGGAAGAGGAAACGCGAAGAUGGUGAUGAGGAAGGCUGCAAGUACAUCAGGCUUGAAAGGAAGGCACCUCAGAAGCUGAUUAGAAAGUUCCGGUUGCCUGAAAAUGCCAAUGUGUCUGCCAUCACUGCUAAAUGCGAAAAUGGGGUUUUAACCGUGGUUGUUGGGAAGCAUCCUCCGCCACCCAAACCUAAGACGGUUGAAGUUACCAUCUCCUGAAAGAAAUUAAGGAGACUGGAAGAUGAUGAGGAGUUAGUUAGGUUAACGAGCACGAAGGGCUUUGUCCAGCUUGUGUUGUUGAAUUGAUGUAGCGGAUGAUUUUGUGACUGAGGAAGAUGCAAGGAAAUAGUGUAGUGUCUUAAUUCGAAGCCAAAUUACUUUGAAAUGUACUGGUGUUC